AGAAACCGGGCAGAGCCCAGAGGAAACCCACGACAGUUGUCAAUUUGCUGACAGAACAAUCGGAGGGGAAUCCAGCAUGAGCUGGACUUGAACUCACAGCGACCGCAUGGCUGAAAGGCUCUUGGCUCAUUGCGCCGCGGUGGCUCGCCAACUACCUCGGCGACGGAGGCUCCUGUUAUAUUUUAUACCUUGGUCUUACAUAAGAAUCUUGGAUUUCAUCAUAAACGAAUAUUCGCAUCUGCGUGUGCACUUACGCAUGUCAAUGUACAGACCACAUGCACCUUUUUUCAACAUCAAGUGCACCUCACAUGCCUUCGUGUAAGAAAGAUAAUUUUAUAUGAAUAUUUAUAAGUUGCCUUUCAAGAGCUUUAUGCAUUGUCAGCUUGUGAAAAGAAGCGCACUUUGUUACCCCAAACGCUGACACAUUUUGUGACAUUUUUUACAGAUAUUUAUAGAAGAUAUAGAUCAGUUCUUUACAUCCAAUUGAGAUGAACUUAAAAACUUGCUGUAAGUGCACAUUUUUGCUACGGUCCGUUGAGUGAAGUCGCUUGUAAUAUUUAAAAUUUUUUGGAACUGCUCAAACUUUAUUUUGUUCAUUUGUUUUUGAAGAAGUUUUUCUUCGGCGUAUGUAUGUAUAGUGGAUUAGCCCAACCUUUUUCUGAAAGAACAUCUGAAAAGCAAAUGAUUGGUUACUUUGUCAUUACGUCCAGCACGAGUAGGUUUACUUUACUACAGUGCAAUAACUCACUCAAUGUGAUCUUCGAGGGCUCGACUGCAGAAGGCUGUCUUUGUCGGAGGCGCCAUCUACAAGUAUCUUAUACCUGACUAGACACGAAGCACAAUGACGGAGAAAAGCAAAGACGGUGCGGAGAUCGGCAAUGAGAAAUUGGAGAUGGAGAGAGUGGAGUACAAGAUGUCUAGACUGAAGAUCCUGAAGAACGUGGCUGUUGUCAGUUUCGCGUUCAUGUUUCUGUUCACGGCCUUCCAGUCGAUGAGCAACCUUCAGAGUAGCCUGAACAAAGAGGCGAACCUAGGAACGGGCGGACUGAGCAUCCUCUACGGCGCCCUCGUCAUUUCCUGUAUGUUCGUUCCCACUUGGCUCAUCUCCGUGCUCGGAUGUAAGUGGACGAUUGCCGCCUCUAUGGUUUGCUACAUCCUGUACAUGGCCGCUCAGUUCUACGCCACAUGGGGUCUCAUCGCCCCUGCCUCUAUCAUAAUUGGUCUGGGUGCUGCCCCACUCUGGUCCGCUAAGUGCACCUACCUCACCCAGACUGGAGACUGGUACGCCCAGAUGACCAAGAGCGACAAGGACGACAUCAUCAACAGAUUCUUCGGAGUUUUCUUCAUGCUUUUCCAGACAAGUCAAAUCUGGGGUAACUUGAUUUCGUCUACGGUUCUGGCCACAAAGCCAGACGAAAACCUGACGGUGGAGUACGAGAAAUGCGGAGCUAAUUAUUGUCCACGGACAGAACAAGGCAACAGCACCCAGCUACAGGAGCCCGACUUUAAGAAGAUUUACACGAUGCUGGGCAUCUAUCUGGCUUCAGCCGUAAUUGCCUUCUUUGUCAUUGUUAUCUUUUUGGAUAACAUUCAACUGGACAAACACGAUGAGAAGCGAGAGAAAUUCUCACCCAAACUCCUAAUCGAGACUUUCCGCCAUUUCUGGAGGUCCCCCGCACAGAAGCUCCUGGUCCCCUUGACUAUUUACAGCGGCAUAGAACAGGCCUUUGUCGGAGCAGACUACACCAAGUCCUUCAUCACGUGCCCGUUAGGCGUAUGGAAUGUGGGUUACGUGAUGAUCUGUUACGGAGUGGCAGACGCCAUCUGCUCUCUCCUAUUUGGUCGUCUCGUCCAGUACUUUGGCCACAUCACCUUUUUUAUUCUUGCUGCCCUGAUCCACUUAGGGGUCCAGAUCACUCUACUGCUAUGGAUCCCAGACCCAAACAUGAUGUUUGUCUUCUACCUGCUCGCCGCACUCUGGGGCAUGGGAGACGCUGUCUGGCAGACUCAGAUCAACGCCCUGUACGGCUACCUGUUUAGCAGUAGCAGCGAAGCGGCCUUCUCUAACUACCGCCUCUGGGAGUCCAUCGGUUUCAUCGUGGCGUUUGCCUAUGCCGGGUUUCUCUGCACGCGGGUCAAGAUUUUCAUCUGCAUGGGUGUUCUCGUCACUGGCAUGCUUGGAUACUUUGCCGUAGAAAUUUACGAGCACAGAGGGAAGUCACAUGAUCUUAAACACGAGAAAUCGUGAGAUGUAGACACGAUGCUAUCUUUGGAGAAGGUGGGGGGGGGGGGCAUUUACCAGAAGGUUCUUUAAAGCCAUUUGACAUUCAAACAUUUGACCUUCACGACAAGAAUGCAGCCUGUUUAAAACUUCCAUUACUGGACCCUUACCAAAAAACAUUUGCAAAUUAUAUAAACAUACGCGUUUAACUGGUGCAUGUAUAAUAAACAAUUCGAUCUAUCUGACAUUCAUAAGAUUUAUUUCGAAUAUGUGUUAAUGAUAAUGGACAUUGUGCGUGCAUUGAUGUGGUCAUCGGCGACAUCUGACUCAGACAAUGAUACCGGUAGUUUAAAUAAAGAUAGUCGAAUGUUAAUGAUUUGGUUUAUCUCGUAUAAUCAUAAUGUGACAUGUUAAUCCGAAGGUUGAUAUAUCUUUUCCUCUAAUGAUCAGGUAUGACAUGGUUGGUCAGUUGUGAUACCCCUUAUCACCUAUAUGUACUGGUUGAUCACGCAUGGCAUGUGUGCGCUGGUUAUACAUGUUUGUACUGGUUGAUCAGGCGUGGCAUGUGUACUGGUUAUACAUGUAUGUGCUGGUUGAUCAGGCAUGGCAUGUGUGUGCUGGAUAUACAUGUAUGUGCUGGUUGAUCAGUCAUGGCAUGUGUGUGCUGGUUAUACAUGUAUGUGCUGGUUGAUCAGGCAUGGCAUGUGUGUGCUGGAUAUACAUGUAUUGCUGGUUGAUCAGGCAUGGCAUGUGUUUGCUGGUUAUACUGGUAUGUGCUGGUUGAUCAGUUACGGCAUGUGUGUACUGGUUAUACAUGUAUGUGCUGGUUGAUCAGGCAUGGCAUGUGUGUGCUGGAUAUACAUGUAUUGCUGGUUGAUCAGGCAUGGCAUGUGUUUGCUAGUUAUACUGGUAUGUGCUGGUUGAUCAGUUACGGCAUGUAUGUACUGGUUAUACAUGUAUGUGCUGGUUGAUCAGGCAUGGCAUGUGUGUGCUGGAUAUACAUGUAUUGCUGGUUGAUCAGGCAUGGGAUUUGUGUGCUGGUUAUACAUGUAUGUGCUGGUUGAUCAGGCAUGGCAUGUGUGUGCUGAUUGUACAAGUACGUGCUGGUUGAUCAGGUAUGGCAUGUGUACUGAUUAUACAAGUAUGUGCUGGCUGAUCAGGCAUGGCAUGUGUGUGCUGGUUAUACAUGUAUGUGCUGGUUGAUCAGGCAUGGCAUGUAUGUGCUGGUUAUACAUGUAUGUGCUGGCUGAUCAGGCAUGGGAUUUGUGUGCUGCUUGUACAAGUACGUGCUGGUUGACCAGGCAUGGCAUGUGUAGUGGUUAUACAUGUAUGUGCUGGCUGAUCAGGCGUGGCAUGUGUGUCCUGGUUAUACAUGUAUGUGCUGA